CGCGCGUCACGUGGCGGAAGCGGUGGGGCGCCUAAGAUGGCGGCGGCGUGAGUUGCAUGUUGUGGGGCCGCCGGGAGGAGCCGCCGCCGCCGCGCCAUGGCGGUCACCGUGACGCUGAAGACGCUGCAGCAGCAAACGUUCAAAAUCCGGAUGGAGCCGCACGAAACGGUGCGGGCACUGAAGGAGAAGAUCGAGGCAGAGAAGGGCAGUGAUGCCUUCCCUGUGGCCGGCCAGAAGCUCAUCUACGCCGGGAAGAUCCUGAGUGAUGACGUCCCGAUCCGCGAGUACCGCAUUGAUGAGAAAAACUUUGUGGUUGUUAUGGUGACCAAGGCUAAGUCUGCGUUGGGCACUGCAGCCCCCGAGGCUGGAGCUGGCGGCACAUCAGAGCCUCCCGCAGCACCGGGGCCCCCCCCGGCCGCUGAUGCCAUCCCCCCGCCACCGGCUGCCCCCAGCGAGGAGACACCAGCCCAUGACCUCCCUCCACUCACCCUCUCAGAGCCUGCCACGGGCUCUGUUCCCCCCGCAGGUAGUGCGGGGCGCUCAGCUGAUGCCGCCUCUACCCUCGUGACGGGCUCGGAGUACGAGACAAUGCUGACGGAGAUCAUGUCGAUGGGCUAUGAGCGGGAGCGGGUGGUUGCCGCGCUGCGUGCCAGCUACAACAACCCCCACCGCGCUGUCGAGUACCUGCUGACGGGCAUCCCCGGCAGCCCCGAGCCCGAGCGCCCGCCAGUGCAGGAGAGCCGCCCCCCGGAGCAGCCAGCGCCUGAAGGGGAGAACCCACUGGAGUUCCUGAGGGAGCAGCCCCAGUUCCAGAACAUGCGGCAGGUGAUCCAGCAGAACCCAGCCCUGCUGCCCGCCCUGCUCCAGCAGCUGGGCCAGGAGAACCCCCAGCUGCUCCAGCAAAUCAGCCAGCACCAGGAGCAAUUCAUCCAGAUGUUGAAUGAGCCGUUGGGCGAGCUGGGCGACCUCGAGGGGGAGAUGGGCGCCAUCGGGGACGAGUCCCCCCAGAUGAACUACAUCCAGGUGACGCCUCAGGAAAAAGAAGCCAUAGAAAGGUUGAAGGCACUGGGCUUCCCCGAGAGCCUGGUGAUCCAGGCCUACUUUGCCUGCGAGAAGAACGAGAACCUGGCGGCCAACUUCCUGCUCAGCCAGAACUUCGAUGAUGACUGAGGGGCCGGGGCUGGCGCCCCCCACCCUCUCUCCCCCGUUGGAGGGGGGGCCAUGGGGCCCACAGGGGGACACACAAACACAGACAUUUGCACGGCCCCUCCCUCCCCUCCCCGGGGCUUUGGGUCUGGCUGGGGAGGGGCAGGAUUGGGACCCCCAUUGGGCCCCAGCCCUGCCACUCUCCUGAGGGAGCAGCAGUGAUCAGUGGAGCCCCCCCCGCCCCCCCCCCCCCCUGCUGUGGGGGUGCUCAGCAAACCCCUUCCUCCUUGUCGUGCCCCUUCCCACCACCCCACCUCCUUCCCCUCCCCCCCCCCCCCCCCCUUCAACCCCAGGGGGUGGAGGGGGAGUCAGGGGGUGGGCAGCCGCGGGAAAAAAUACAACUCAGAGGUAGGGGGGAUAAGAUUAAAUGCAGAAUUUUCAACCCA